GCUGUGAGCCAGCAUCAAGCCGAGCUGUGCGGCAGCAAAGACUGAGCCGAAACAUUAUUGAGAGUCAGAACAUGAAGGACAAGGCUGAAAAACAGAGCACCUAGUUUUACAAAUGUAGACUCAGAGCUAGUCCAAGGGAAAGAGAAAGCAAUCUGGAAUUGGCAUCUGUGGUAAAUUCAUUUGGGGUGUGGUGUUUAGUGGUGCUUUAGAGGACCGGUGCAGUGUCUUAAGAAGGAAGUGACAAUUGAAUGGCACUGUUGUCUUGCAGCGCAUGAAGUCGGCACACAAGAUCCAUUAGAUAAAAUGGCGGUGAGGCAGAGGAUUUUCAAUUCAACAGCGCCCUUUUCCGGGUCAUCCCAGGCUGAGCUGAAGGGAUCAUACCCAUCCUGUUCAGCUGUGGACCAAGACACUGAAGACGAGGGCGAAGAGGCGAAAGACAGCAAAAUCGACUUAAUAACCUAUAAUUAUUUAAGGUAUUUUAAUAAAGUUGUGUCGCAAGGGUCUGCGGCACAGGUUGGAGAAACACCAUUGAAGACCUCAGGCUUUAUUGCACAAGAAAGUCAACCCCAGGACUCUCAAGAGUUUUCUCCAUCUGUUUUCGAACGUUAUGUUCCUGCUCCCAACUGCUUCAACAGCAGUGUCUCAGAACACAACAACGUGGCUUGCCCGACCACAGCUUCCAUCCAGGAGCCAAACAGUUCAUCAACACAGGUCACGCCAAGAAAGAAGGCCCGGAAGAGACAGAAGCGCAAGGGGAAGAAGAAACUGGAGACGAAGAAGGAGAAACAGCGCCUCAGACAUCGUGUGCCUUCUGGAGUUCCUGAACAAGAGAGUGGAAGUUGGAUCCUGGGUGAGCCAUCUCUUGAUGACAGAAGCAACCUCAGUAGCUCUUGCUGUAGCAGCAUAGAAAGCUCAGACGAUCAGGGUCAGAGGUCGUCUAUCUAUAGCCCAUCGGGAUACAACAGAAGUACUGAGCUACAGCAGAGGUGCUGGGGUGGAGGGGACCUGAUCUGUGAACCCCUUGACUCAUAUGGGCAGGACAGCGACUCGGACUCCUCCAGCAGUCUUGGUGACUGUUCGCUGGCCUUAGCGGGCCUCAGGGGCAGCGUGAGUCAGGGGGACCCGUGCUACACUGGCCACUUCUUUAAAGAGGUGGAAAGAGAGGCGAGACAAGAAGAAGAUGAGCUGUCAGCAGCUGAUUCUAUCACCACUGAAGGAUUAGUCUAUUACAAUCAGCAAAUCCAGAUUGUGGACUCCGAAUACAGACAAGGGAGGGAGUAUGUCUUCUUAGAGUUCAUCAAGCAAGGUUCUUAUGGCGAAGUACACAGUGCUCAAGAUGUCAACACAGGCUUCAGAUUUGCUGUCAAAAAGAUUGCCCUUAAGAGGUUCAGCAGUGAGGAGGCGGGUACGUGGAGUACCCUCAAGUCUCCUCGCGUGGUGGAACUCUUAGGAGUGAUCAGAGAGGGGCCUAAUGUUGUCCUUUUGAUGGACCAUAAAUCUGGCUCCUUGGGCCAGCUGAUUGCGGAGCGUGGACGACUGCCAGAGGACCUGAGUCUCCACUACCACUUCCAAGUCCUUACAGCACUGGAGUACUUGAUGAAGAAAAAAGUAGCACAUCUAGAUAUAAAAGCUGACAAUGUGUUGCUGUCGGACGACGGUCAGGACACUUUCCUCUGUGACUUCGGACACGCAGAAAGGCUCGACAAACAGGGACAGAGCCUCAGCAGGUCCAAAGAUCUGAAGGGUACAGAGACACAUAUGGCCCCUGAGAUUGUGAAAGGUGAACCCCGCGGAGCCAAAGCAGAUGUGUGGAGCAGCUGCUGUAUGUUUCUUCACAUGAUCAACGGGUGUCAGCCUUGGACUCGAUACUACACCUGCAGACUCUAUCUGAAGAUUGCUCACGAGCCGCCGCCUCUGAGAGAGAUCCCGACUGACUGUAACCCUCUCACGGCUGAAGUAAUCAAGGCAGGACUGCAGAAGGAUCCAGUCAAGAGAGCCUCAGCAUCUGACCUCAAAGCAAAAACUGCCAGAGCUCUGAAAGAAGUGGGAGGACUCAGCAGCCCAGUGAGAGGACCGUACACAGAGCCCCUGUAUGUUGUCAACAAACCACCUGACUCCGUCCAACACAUAUACAGCAGCGUUCAGGAUGAGGAUGACAAUCAGGAGUCUAUUGAGGAAGUGCAGACUCCAGAGAGAAGGAAGAAGAGCUACGACGAAAAAGAUGAAGCUAAUUGUGAUAAGUCAGAUCUGGGCUCACCUCUCCGUCUGCAAACACCUGUUUACGAACCGAUCCACAAGACUGGCAGCAAGGUGACCACCAAGUCUGAACUUGAGCUGCGCAAACUGGAGCGAGAUUUCUACCUGAGCAGUCUGUCUCAGCUUCAUUCGGCUGAGAUGCAGGAACAGCUCUUGUCUUGCCUGAGUAGUGACUAUUACUCCAAUCGAGACCAACUGGACAAAAAGGACUCUGGCCGCUGGUCUCUGAGCCCAGGAGAUGACUUCAGCUCUGGUGUCUUCUCCUACAGCAGUCAGCCGGACGGGCAGGUUUUCAGCAUGGACUUCCUCGGUCACUCGCAGCUGCCACCUCCCUGUUGUUUUGAAGGAGUGGACGUGUGUAUCAGAGACUUCAAAAGGAGAAGCAUCCGCAUCAGAGAGACUCGCCGUGUGAAGGUGGGCCACAUCGCCACAGGAAUCAGUGAUCAGAUAUCCGAGAGGGUUUUCACGUUGGAGACCCUCCAGGGCCAGCAGAUUGCUCAUGAUGAGGAAGUGCAGGAGUCUGGGCUUGAGCUCUGCUGUGUGUCUGCUCCUGACUUCAGUCCAGGAUGGAAAUGGAGGGUCAGAGACGGUGUGCUGGAGACCAGAUAAAGCCCAGUGUCAUCUUAAUUGUUGUACACCACACUUACUGUUGAAUUGCGCCUUCUGUGUGUUGUCUGGGGACCAAGGUUUGAUCUGUCGCUUUCAGCAUAUCUGUCUUAAAUCUGAAGAAAGGUCAUGGUGAUGUGUAACUGCCAGAUUAUGUCUUGCAUUUACAUACGAUUCAGUCAUGCCACUGAGCCAUUUUUACCCCUGUGAUGUUUACAUUUACCCAAUAACAUGUUUUCCUAUUCAAUAAACCACAUUCAGCAGAAAG